AUGACUCUGCUCGAGGUCGCCAUCGCGAGCUCUCUCGCCUACCUCGACGACGGCUCGCUCGCCUCGCGGACGAAGUUUCUCGCCUUCAUCAAGGACGAGUCGCAGAAGCGCUGCGUCCAGUUUCCUCGGCCGCCGAAAACGGGCCACGCCCUCACGACGCAGGUCGCCAUUGACCACUGCUCGUCCCCCGUGCUCGCUCACCUAGAGGUGCACUACUCGCGGUUGCCGCGCAAGGGCCGGCGCCGCACAAACAGUCCGCACCUGCACGACGACGAGGAGGUCAUCGUAGUCCUGAACGGGAGCGCAACGUUCUACACCAACGGCUCGGCGAGCCUCCACGCGAAUGGCGGCACAUCCACCUCCAUCUCGGCGGAGGGGCGGACCGAGACGACGCUCUCUCGGCGCGGCAGCUUCGUGUACUUCCCCUUCCGAUCGGCACACACGAUGGCUGUGGCUCCCGCCGGAUCUCGCGGGCCGAGGCGGCGCCUCAAGCAAGGCGGCGCCGGCCGAGAAUCCGCCGCCGGGCCUCACGUCGACUACCUCUGCAUCCGCUACACCACCCGGCGCACCGAGGGGCAGAUGCGCGCGCACAGCGCGAGCGCGCCGGCCGGGCUGUCGCCCGCCAGGGCGUGGCCGACGUUCGUGUCCGGUGGCGCGGGCGUGGCGGGCGGCUUGCUGCACAGCAAGCAGCUGCUCCUGCGGCGGCCGCACAUCCACCGCACGACCCUCGCGGCCGGCGCCUCGAGGCCCGUGCACCGCGACGGCGACCACGACGUCCUGCUGCUCGUGCUCGAGGGGGCGGUCGAGGUGGUGCACCCCGGGGGGGCGACGACCGUCGCGCGCGGCGGCCUCGCGUUCCUGCCCGCAAACACGUCGCACGGCGUGCGAAACGGAGGGGCGGCGACGUCGCAGCACCUCGCCAUCGAGUUUCUGGACGAGGUGGCGCGGGGGUCGGCGUCGUAG